CUCAGGCCCAAGUAGAAAGCCCCCAUCUCGUGUUCUCCUCAUAAAGAGGAACAGCCUUGAAUUUGCUGGGAAGGGCGAAAAUUACAUUGGCUGUCGUCGUCUGACUGAGCUUCAAUCCUCGAGCUGAGAAAGGGAGAAUGAAGUUCAUCAUGGAGUUCGCGGAGAACUUGAUUCUGAGGUUGAUGGAGGACCCGAAGGAGAGAGACAAGAAGUUCAGGGAGCACGUGUACGCGAUGAAGGACAGGUGCGGCAAGACCAAGGAGAUGUGGAGCUACCCGCUUCGUCCUUACGGGUUCUGGACGUUCGAGCGGCACAAUGUGCAGCUCGGUUGGGAUGCCCAGAUCAGCCAGGUGCCGGGGCGUAGGGAUCCGUACGACGAUCUCCUCCAGCAGAACUACGAGCCACCCAAGUGAAUUGCAGGUGACUGGGGAGUUGUCAGCUGAAUGGUUCAGACUCUCCCUAUUGAGAAGAGUAUGAAGCAUGCUCGCACUUUACUUGUUUGGCUUUUUGUGAUAUACAUGUAGACGGUUGUACUUAUCAGAGGUUUUGGAUGGUUUCAAAUAAGUGUCACCAAGAUUGGACCUCGUGGACCAUACCUCUGGCUCUUCUUUUGGAUGUUCGUACAUUUUGGAGUGAUCAUCUCACUGUUAUUCCUUUUCAAGGAUGAACUUAAUGUUUGUUGCCUUCUUUCAAUCAAGUACCUCAGCUUUCAUAUU